AUACACCACACUGACUUGUCAUCACUGUCUACUAUACUAUAACUCGUCGACCAGCACUUUACUAGGACUUGGAAAUUCUAGUCUACGUCCAUUCAGGAACUCUAAACCAGCGUAAAGGGAAGGAUUUAUUGUGUUCACGGACAACGCAGUAAGUAAUAAUAUGGUUUAAACUGUGAUAUGCCGAGAAGAAAAAGAUCUAAAAAUCCAAGUCGAAUACAAAUGGCGAAACAAGCGGGAAACGACGAGACUUCAAUUACUCCAGGCCAAAACUUAUUGACUUCUAUUAAGACUUUCCUAUGGUCGUCUCCCUCGAGGGAAGAGAAUGGUUGUUCUCGGAAAAGGCCGAGGGAAGAGGAUGAUGAUGACAUUGAAGACGAAGAAGAAGACGCGAUCAUAACUUCCAAUCUUCUGAAGAAACGAAAAUUUACUACUGAGACUCCAAGUACAAGUAAAUUUACAUCUUCUUCUUUUACAAAUUCAGAGACAGCCACUUCAGAGGCCAGUCCAAAAAGAAAAUCUCUCUUAGGAACUUUGUUUUCUCCGGUUUUUACUUUGUUUGCCAAGAAUGGUCAAGUACAGAGCUUUGGCAACGAUUCAUCCAAMGUGGUUGCUAGUUCGACGACUAAAAUUCGUGAUCCGUGUAAUGGCGUCGUAGUGAAGCAAGAGGGACAACCAAGCGUGAACGAAGAUAGUAGAGCUGCUUUACCCAAUGGCGAUGUGAAUGGUAACGUAGAAGAUGAGGGUGCCGAUUGGGAGACGUUCGAUCCAUUUUACUUUAUCCGUACAGUGCCGCCGUUGUCCGAAGAGAUGAGAAAUCGUCCUCCAGUUCUUCCCUUGAAGACAAGAAGCACCCCGAAGUUGAGUCUCGUUCUGGACUUGGAUGAAACCCUUGUCCACUGCAGCCUCAAUAAACUCGAAGAUGCCACUCUCUCGUUCCCGGUUUUGUAUCAAAAUAUCUCUUACCAAGUUUUCGUUCGCACGAGACCACAUCUGAAGUAUUUUCUGGAGCGAGUUUCCCAGUUGUUCGAAGUGAUUUUGUUUACGGCUUCGAAGCGAGUUUACGCCGACAAGCUUCUCAACAUUUUGGAUCCAGACAGAAAGUACUUUCGUCACCGUCUUUUCCGUGAACAUUGUGUAUGUGUACAAGGGAACUAUAUCAAGGAUUUAAGUAUCCUGGGACGGGAUUUGUCGAAAACAAUGAUAGUUGAUAAUUCUCCCCAAGCAUUCGCUUAUCAUAUUUUCAACGGUAUUCCUAUUGAAAGUUGGUUUGUUGACCAAAGCGAUCGGGAAUUAGUAGAAUUAUUGCCCUUUCUGGAAGAGCUUGUAAGCCGUAAGGAGGAUGUUCGACUACACAUUCGAGACAGAUUUCGUCUUCACGAUCUCAUAAAUCCACCGUUCUACAAAAACUUUCGAAUUGCAAAUGAUGAAAGAAGAUAAUCAAGCUAGUAUAUAUAUAAGUAUAAGCUUAUAGCAUUUUAGGACAAACACUUGUGGCCGUAUUUUAAUAACUAUAUCCCAAAUGGUAAUGUCUGAUAGGUUUUUACCCAUGUUAGUAUAUCCCCUUAUAUUUGUUUUUAACUUACAUAUACAUUCUUAGGUCAAUUUCCCGUGUAGAUUUGAAUAGAUUUCACUAUUAUUUUAUUAUCACAUGUAACUUAAGCUUAUAACACUGUUUUAUUUCAGAACAUUUUUUAUCUUUUCAUUAAUACAAAACUCGUAGACUUUUAUAAAUGUUCCGCUAUCAGUUUUAUUUUUCAUUUUAAACAUAAAUUAGGCAUUGCCUUUUUGUAAAUUAUAUUAUGAGAAUUUUAAGACCACAUCUAUUUUUUUUGUCGAAGUUGAUCUGGUGCAGUAAUUGUUAUAGUAAGCAAACUCUUAGUCUAGUAAACAGAUUUAAUAUAUGCCAGACUAUUUUUAAUCCUACAUGYUAAAGAUAUUAGUCUAAAAGCUUCAAAAUAUAAGUUUUGUAUGYCAAAAUUUUUUGAUAAUCGUAGAGUGUAAUCCAAUCUAGCACCUUACAUUUAUAAAAGAUUCUACACACA